AUGAAAAGUUUCCCAUCAUGGUUUCGCAUUUCGUCGCAGUUUGCGUGUCGAACACAUGGUUAUUCUGUCCGGCGUCUACCCUAUCGGUUUUUCUCUUUAAAAUCGGACACUGAGCCUCAAGAAGAUUCAGCUUUAGACACAAAACCUUCAGAGUUAGAAAAAUCACAAGAAGAGGUUAUCCGGCCUUGGUACGUGGAGUACGCAGAGAGAACAUUUCCGAAAAGGAAUGUAUAUACAGCGGAAGUGCCACCUUUACCAGAAGCAGCUCCACAAUUUUUGCAGGACGUUUUAGACACCUUAUCCCAGAGGUAUCUAGUCUCUGACUUGAAGUUUAUACGUCCUAACGCUGAUCAACCAUGGAGCACUUCAGACUUGAUGCUUCUUGGUACAUGUAAUGACGAUGCUCAUGUUAUAUCCGUAACACGUGGCAUUACCCAUAAACUAAAAGACUUAAGAAUUGGCGCUGUUCAAGUUCAAGGCCUUCCCAAUUUAUCACGACAAAGAAUCAUGGACCGCAGAGCGUUAAAACGUCCUGAAUCUUGGCACAACAAGAUGUCUUCUCAAAAAACAAAUUGGGCAUGUAUUCAUCCUGAAAACUAUAAUGUGAUUAUCCAUCUAUUUACAAAAGAAGCACGAGAGUUCUAUCAACUAGAAAGCAUCGAUCAAGAUUUGCAGCAGAUUUUAUCUGAAAAUCGAGAGAGCGAAGAGUCCUCUUCGGCGUCCUUCCGCCGCCCAGGAAGCAAGAAAAAUUUUAUGUCUGAGCACCGCAUUACUUCAAGGGAUAAAAGGCAGUUUCAUACAUCUUGUAUUCGUAACGACUCAACUGGUGAAAAAGAUGCUUCUUUCACAAACUCGUCGGAUCCAUUUGAAGAGGCGAGAAGGAUGUAUCUUACAAACGAUCACUCUUUUUCUUUGGAAUCCUUUUCUAUUCAUGUGAAAAGCCUCUUAGAUUCGUCACCUUCUGACAUUUCUCUACAAGAUGUAAAUACUUUGUUAACCGCUGUAGCCGUUUCGGCCCCUCCAUCUAUAAAUUCGUUGAAAUUGUCAAGAAAGCUUGUCAGUCAUAGGAUUCACCAUUUAACCUCAUUUUAUACGUCUAUUCAGAAAGCUACCCCCAUUGACAUUAUUGCUUUGAGAAGGAUUUUAUCCAAGUGUCUUUUAUGUUCAUGCAUGGUAGAGACGAAUGAUUUCCAAUACCUCGAUCCUCGCAUCUACAAAACUGAACAGCUUAUGUACCGUCACGGUAUAACUAUGACCGUGAAGUCAUAUAUGUUAAUCCUUAACAUUUUUGCUAAAUACAAUCGCUGGAAAGAUGUAUGGCUUCGCUGGAGUAAACUAACAAACAUUGGAAUUUUGCUAGACGAGGAUAUGUACUGUCAUAUCUUUCGGUUAGUGGCUGAAAGUAAAAAUGAACGAGCCGCAAUUUAUGCUUUAUCGAAUGUAUUUGAGGAUAUGGUUUUCCAAUCUCCCGAAUUAUUCGCCUCAAAAAAUAUUGCGGUUUACUUGUCGAGGUGUCUUGAUUUGAUCUCAUUUCAAAACGACAACUCAUACCCUUCAGUUCAUAAGUAUAUUCAAGUAUCUAAGAGUAGAGGCAAUUAA